AUGGGUAUCUCGCGUGACUCGAUCCAUAAACGCCGGCUUACGGGCGGCAAGCGUAAGAUCCAUCGGAAAAAGCGCAAGUAUGAGCUUGGUCGGCCACCGGCGAACACUCGUCUGGGGCCGAAACUUGUUCGCCCGCUGCGUGUGCGGGGCGGUCACUUCAAGUUCCGAGCACUCCGGCUGGAGAUGGGAAACUACAGCUGGGCGUCGGAGUGUGUGACGCGAAAAACGCGCAUCCUUGGCGUCGUGUACAACGCAAGCAAUAACGAGCUGGUGCGCACGAAUACGCUGGUCAAAGGCUCCAUUGUCCACAUCGAUGCAACACCGUUCCGUACGUGGUAUUUUCAGCAUUACGGCAUUGAUCUGGGCAAGAAAGCGGUAAGUUCUGCAGACGCCACAGACGGCACCACCACGGAAGCGAAACGCAGUGCUAGCGUAUUGGCAAAGCUGGCAGCACGACAGGCGAAGCGCUCACUAGAGAAAGCACUCGAGGAUCAAUUCAACUCGGGUCGCUUGCUGGCGUGCAUUGCAUCGCGGCCGGGGCAAUGUGGCCGUGCUGACGGCUACAUCCUCGAGGGCAAGGAGCUCGAGUUUUAUCUAAAGAAACUUGAGAGGAGGAAGAAGACCAAGUAA